AUGUUAAAACAAUUGCACUUGCCUAUUACACGAUGUCUCGCUCAGGUUCCAAAGCAAACAAACAUUGCAUAUGAUAAUAAUGAGCAAUUCCCUUCAGAAUUACUCCUCUCCCUUAAUGAACAAGUUAUGUUAAUUGCUAAUCUAUGGAUACAAGCUGGUUUGGUCAAUGGAUCAUUAGGACAAAUCAGAUCCAUUGUCUAUGAUACAGAUUCUAAACCUCCUGACUUGCAAAAGUACGUGCUCGUUGAAUUCAAAAAUUAUUAUGGGCCACAUUGGGACAAUGCAAAUCCAAAGUUUGUCCCUAUACCACCUAUCACUCGAGGCAGCCGCACUCAAGUCCCCCUUGCAAUGGCUUGGGCUCUUACUAUUCACAAAUCCCAAGGCCUCACUUUGGACAAAGCAACAGUCGACAUUGGCAAGGUUGAAAAACAAGGGCUGACCUUCACUGCAGUCUCACGAGUGAAGUCUCUUCAUGAUCUAAGAAUAGACCCGCCUUUCACUUUUGAAAGAUACUCAAAAUUACAAAGCAAUGCUUAUACAACUAUCAGGAAAAAAGAAGAAAACAGAUUGGCUGCUCUCUCCAAUCAGAUUUCUACAUCGCCUCCCCACCAACAGCUCUAA